AAAUGCCCGCCUUAAAUAUUUGUUUACUAAAUUUGUACAAGAUUUCAUGAUCUUCUCGAGUAAAGUCUGUUUUGUUUUAAAUAAUCAUUCUUUAUAAUAAAAUUAAUUUUUCUGUUUAAUGUCAUGUUUAAUUCAACUUUACAAGCUAUCCUGCCAAGGACUUAUCGUGUUUUGAUGCAAUCUAUUCGAUCAUAUAAGAAUAACAUUGAAAGUGAUUCUGAGAAGUGGAUUCGACUUGCUGCACAUUGGAGUGAUAAAGAUAAUAAAUUUGGAACCGAUUCUGAAUCUGAUGCCAUUAAAGGUUAUGAAAGUGGACGUUUAUCUACUUUUGAAGAUGAUGAAGGUAACCCUUUGUAUCCAACUGGACUAUUGACUAAUGCCAAACCAUUAAAGCCUCAUAAGUAUAGAUCUUCUCACACAAGGAAAAACAAAUUUGUUGAUACCAAGAAUGUGAAAUUCACAGCAGGCCAUGGAGGAUCUGGAGAAAUAUCGUUUUUGAGAUUAUUCAUGAAUCCCAUGGCAGGACCGGACGGUGGUGAUGGUGGAAAUGGUGGACACAUUAUACUAAAAGCUGAUGACCGAGUUAAAUCUUUGUCUGAUUUACAAUCAACUUAUCAUGGUAAUAACGGAGAAGAUGGAGCAAAUAAAGAUUUGACAGGAAAAUGUGGAAAACAUAUUAUCAUCGAUGUACCAGUAGGCACCUUAAUCAAAGAACAGAGUGGGAAGAUUUUAAUUGAAUUGGCAAAAGAUGGAGAAAUGUUCAUUGCUGCUCGAGGAGGUGCAGGUGGAAAAGGAAAUCAUUUCUUCCUAACCAAUGAGAAUAGGCAUCCUAGAGUAGCUGAAUAUGGAGGCCGAGGUGAAACUCGACAACUUAUAUUAGAGAUGAGAUGCUUUGCUCAUGCAGGUUUGAUUGGAUUUCCUAACGUUGGAAAAUCAACUUUACUCCGAGCUAUAUCUAGAGCUACACCAAUGGUUGCAGAUUAUCCUUUCACGACAUUAGUACCUCACAUUGGAGUUAUCGAAUACUCUGAUUAUGAACAAAUUGCUGUUGCCGAUUUACCUGGUCUUAUCGAAGGAGCUCACGAAAAUCAAGGUUUGGGUCAUGAUUUUCUGAAGCACGUCGAGAAGUGUGUUUGCUUGUUUUAUGUUAUAGAUAUCAGCUUACCAGAACCCUGGAAACAAUUAGAGGCCUUGAAAUACGAAUUAGAGCAAUAUAAAAUGGGAUUAUCUAAACGUCCACAUUGUAUUAUAGCAUCUAAAUACGAUUCUGAAGACUUGCUACACAAAUUGGAUGAGCUUAAAAGUUAUAUAGCAGAAAAUACAGUGAAAGAUGAAAUUCCAUUACCAGUAAUACCUGUGUCAGGAAAAUAUGGUUACAAUUUAACUGAAUUUCUUAAGCACUUAAGAGCCUUAUACGAUUUGUAUAACAAACCAGAACCCGACGAAGAAGGUUUUAAAUGGUAAUAAAUAGUAUAAAUAAUUUAUUAUAAUAUACAAAUAAAUACAUAAUUUGAGUAGAAAAUUUUAAAGUUUUCAAUUCGAAACGUAUUUAUAAUGAAUGGAUUAGACAUGAUAAAUUGAAGAUUCAUUUAAAUGAAUCAUCGUCGACAUAUUUUACAGUUACCAAGCAAUGUAUCGAAUGAUUGAGAAAGUAGGAAAAUGUUCGUAUUUUAUCAAAUCAAUGUAAAUAUAUAUUAUAAAUUAAUUCUAGAAAGUCAUUUACAUUUACAAGUUAUAUCAUUUGUACCUAAAAGUCACUGUAGAAAAUUUGUUGCUUACUUAUCAUAAUUUACUAAAAACCACCAUUAAAAUUAAGUAAAUAUUACA